UACAUUAAAACACAUAUGCUUGAUAGUAUAGUAGAGGGUUAUAGGUAUAAUAUGUCCCUCUACUAUGACCUUUUAUGAAACAUGCCCUUCUACUAUUUUUUAUAUCGAGCAUGCCCCUGUACUUUGUAAAAAUGAUCAAACAUGCCCUUUUGUUUAAAUUCUCAUCCAAAAACCCUUAACCAAGGUCGAACUUUGGUUUGGGCGACACAAAUGUCUAAAAUAUUCCUAAUCAUUUCACUUUUGAAUUUUUUUGUUCUUUUCUAUAUCCAAAUAAUUCGAAUAAUUUCACUUUGAAUAGACCCAGAGAAAUAAAACGAGAGACAAAACUGACAUUUUCGCUCCCAUUUGCCGAUGUCGGGUCGUCUAAAUCUUGGUUCAACCAUGAUUGACGAUUUUUUCAAUGGAAAUUUUAACAGAAGGGCAUGUUUAAUAAUUUUUUUCAAAGUACAUGGGUAUGUUUGAUGUAAAAAAAUAAUAGAGGGGCAUGUUUGAUAAAAUGUCAUAGUAGAGGUGCAUAUUAUACCUAUAACCCUAUAGUAAAAGUGGUGGACAAUAACACUCCUGAAACUAAGGGGUCGUUUGGAAGUUGCGAUUGUUAAAUAGAUGUAUUGUUUAGAAUGCAUGUAUAAUAUUAUACAUGUAUUGUCGAAUUUGAUGCAUUGUAGAAUACAGCGUUUGGUAUGUGUGAUUGUGUAUGUCGCAUCAGCUAAAAGCUGAGACAAAACAAUCUCAACGCAACUAUCUCAACAAUCACAACUAAAAGUUGAGAUUAACAAUCACUCAAAAUAAGUGAUAGUUUAUGUCACAUCACAGAAACAAUCCCUAAAAAUACAAAAAACGAUGCAUUGUAAACAAUACAUGCAUAAUGACAAUCUCAACAAAACUAUCGUCAACUUCCAAACCACCCCUAACAAAACUUUUUCUUUAAACCCACGCACUAUUAAUCUGUUAUGCUUCAAAUAACGAGGAAACACAUCCCUAAUUAGUAGAAGUUUGUUACACCCAACAAUUAGCAUGCAGCUUGACGAGUUCUCUGGAAUCCCUUCAAGGAUCUGUCACCGUCGCCAUGUUGCUGGCAAAACAAGCCACCCCCCGCCCAAUCCAGUACUGGUUCUACCCGUGACCCCGCCGGCCGGCCUGCUCGCCAAACUUUCUCCAUCACAUAAUGAUCAGCAAAUUCAAAACUCGUCCUUCACCCGAACACGUUCCCACUGUCGAUGGAUCGAAUCAACACUGCUUCCCUGCCUCCUGCCCAACAAAUUCAGACAUUUUAUUGCCUCCUAUAGGCUUCACUGCUUUAUAUAAAUAGCAAGCAUGCUUGUGCAUGUAAAGUAUAUACACUAAUUAAGCAUACAAUGAACGCCGCCUUGUAUACGACUGGAACCUCCUCCUUCACCGCCUCCGCCACCAUCCCGCCGAUUACCGCCUCGAUCCGCAAAUCACGAGUUCAUGCCGCCGCGGCGAACCACCACCACCAGCAGGAAUGUAAUUAUAAUUCCCUACCUUCCUUGAUUCUCAACGUGGCUGACGACUUCAUUAACACGUUCAUCGAUCCUCCCAGCAGCCACCGCCCUUCCACCGACCCGCGAUUCGUCCUUUCCGGCAACUUCUCCCCCGUCGUCGACGAGCUCCCACCCACCGAGUGCAACGUCAUCCACGGCUCCCUCCCUCCUUGCCUCGACGGGGCCUACAUCCGCAACGGGCCCAACCCACAACACCUCCCUCGUGGGCCUUACCAUUUCUUCGAUGGGGAUGGCAUGCUCCACGCGCUCACCAUCUCACGCGCCCACCCGCCCACGCUCUGCAGCCGCUAUGUCAACACCCACAAGUACUUGACGGAACGCGCCGCUGGGGCUACUUUGAUCCCCAAUGUCUUCUCCGGCUUCAACGGCUUCCCCGCCGCUGCGGCCCGCUCUAUCCUCGCCGCCGCUAGAAUUCUCGCCGGCCAAUUCGACCCGCGAAAUGGAAUUGGCGUCGCCAACACCAGCCUCGCCUUCUUCGGCGACCGCCUAUUCGCCCUCGGCGAGUCCGAUCUCCCUUAUGCCGUCCGACUGACGGAGGACGGCGACAUCGAGACACUCGGCCGCCACGAUUUCGACGGCGGCCUGGCGCUGACCAUGACGGCGCACCCGAAGACCGAUCUCCAAACUGGCGAGACGUUCGCCUUCCGGUACAGCCCGGUCCAGCCGUAUCUGACCUACUUCAGAUUCGACGCCGGCGUCGGCGGGAGAAAGCAACCCGACGUGCCGAUAUUUUCCCUUUCCCGGCCUUCGUUGAUCCACGAUUUCGUGAUCACGAAGAAAUACGCCGUGUUUGUAGACAUUCAGAUCGCGAUGCAGGGUCCGAUGGAGAUGGUUUUCGGAUCCGGGUCGCCCGUCGGGGUCGACCCAAAGAAAACUCCCCGGGUCGGGUUGAUUCCCCGGUACGCGGCGGAUGAUUCGGAAAUGAGGUGGUUUGACGUCAUCGGGUUCAACCCGUUCCACUCGAUCAACGCGUGGGACGAGGAAGGAGGCGGUGACGUUGUCGUUUUGCUGGCGACGAACAUCAUGUCGGUGGAGCACGCGCUGGAGACGUCGUCGGAGCAUAUCCAUGGAUUGGUGGAAAAGGUGCGGAUCGAUUUGAACGCGGGGACGGUUUCGACCCGGAACCUGGACUUCGGGGUGGUUAACCCGAGUUACGUGGGGAGGAAGAACCGGUUCGUGUACGCUGGAGUGGGUGACCCGCUGCCAAAGAUAUCGGGGGUGGUGAAGCUGGACGUCGGGGACGAAAUGGGGAGGGGGGAGAGCACGGUGGCGUGCAGGAUGUUCGGGUCGGGUUGCUUUGGCGGGGAACCGUUUUUCGUGGCGAAGAACCCGGAGGAUACGAACGCAGAGGAAGACCACGGGUACGUGGUGACGUACGUUCACGACGAGAAAAAUGGGGAGUCGAGGUUUUUGGUGAUGGAUGCUCAAUCGCCGGAGCUUGAGAUUGUGGCAGCAGUGGAGCUGCCGCGGCGGGUCCCGUACGGGCUCCAUGGGCUGUUCGUGAGUAGGGAUGACAACAAAACCCGAACCACGGGUAACCACCCGACCCAACCCGGUCAACGUGGGUAAAAUCCGUGUUGACGGGUUUUGAGUCGAGUUUGGGUUUAAACCUGUUCACUAUUCACAGCGGCCCAUGGGUACCCGCCCACACCCAUAUAAUUAAUUUUCUCGAUAUAUUUAAUAUUCUAAACAACUAAUCUUAUUUAUGUUUGUGGAGACAUGUCUAAUUUUUCUUUCUGAUUGUGUAGAAUGAAGUUGAUGUUAUCCAGUGGAGAGUUAAGAAACUUAAUUGAAAGGAAGAAGCUUUAUAUAAAAAUAGAAAAUUCCCUACCGCUACUCGAAUUAUUAAAUAACUCCCAAUUUACCCCAAUAAUUAUCAAAGAACAACAAACCGACAAAAGUAAUCCGAAUAAACAAACUAUAAAACUUGCGUGUUUCUAUCAUAAACUCAUGGAUUUGGGUUUGGCAAAACCCAACCCAACCCGACCAAUUGCCAUCCCUAUUCGUGAGGGAGAGUGAGAUGCAAGUCUUUAACAGAUUUCCCUCCUAAUAAAAAAAAGUUUAUAAUGCACCAGAAUGAGCUCACUUAGUGUGACCAAUCCUGCCUCUUCCUUUGAUGUUGAUGUUAAUUGUAUCAAUUGUGUAGUAUCAUGUGAGAGUCUAUUUGCAAUCAUAAAUGCAUUCGGAUUUA